GUGCGUGUGAGAGCAGCGCGAGGACUGCGAGAGCGGUGGGAUACAGUGGAAGCGGAGGAGAGAGAGAGAGAAAGAGAGAGAGAAAGAGAAAGAGAGAGAGAGAGAAACCCACAUUCCUCGUAGAUGUGCAAAAUGGCGCGAGUGUGCUCGGUCCCGGCUCGCGCUCUGUAGCUCGGUCUGCGUUCGGAUGCGCGGUUCUCCUCCUCCUCGCUUUUGUUCUCUGGAUUUGCGGAGCUUUUUUAAACUGACCCUGAUGGCCACGGAUUGGCGCCGCCUGGCUGCGCGGCUGCUGGGACUUUGGCUGCUGCCUCUGUUUGGUGUAACAUCAGGAGCUGAACUGUCAUUCACAUUAGAGCCCAGUGACAUCAUCGCAGUCCAGCAGCAGCCAUUGAUGCUGCAUUGUCAGGUGGAGGGAAUCCCCCCCAUCACCACACAGUGGAGACGCAAUGGGGUGCUUCUGCAGGAGGACCAAAACCAUGCCAUGUUCAUCAACGGCACGCUGCUGAUUGGCCGCUUCCAGAGAAGCAGGUCUGACGGCUCGUCUGAUGAGGGAGACUACGAGUGCGUGGCUCAGAAUUCCUUUGGGCUGGUUGUAAGCCGCAAGGCUAAAGUACAGGCUGCCACAAUGGCAGAUUUCCAUGUGCACCCACACUCAGUACGGACAGAUUUGGCAGGUGUUGCACGCUUUCAGUGCCAGAUCCAUGGCCUGCCCGAACCAGUCAUCAGCUGGGAGAAAGACGGGAGGUCGGUGGACACCAGCGACGAUCGGUAUACCCUGUUGCCCACAGGUGUGCUGCAGAUAACAGGUGUUCGGCCAGAGGACAGCGGGGUGUUCUGCUGCGUUGCCCACAACAGCGCUGGAGUCAAACACAGCGCUGGUGCCCGCCUCACUGUCUCAGGCUCUCAGUCUUCUGUUUACAAAGACCCUAUGAUACUUGUCGGUCCCGAGAACCUCACCCUCACUGUGCACCAGACUGCCAUCUUGGAGUGCGUUGCCACUGGCUAUCCGCGUCCCAUUGUGUCCUGGAGCCGGCUGGAUGGGCGGCCGAUUGGAGUUGAGGGUAUACAGGUGUUGGGCACAGGUAACCUGAUGAUUUCUGAUGUCAGAGUGCAGCACUCGGGUGUUUAUGUCUGCGCAGCCAACAAACCGGGCACCCGUCUGCGCCGGACCGCUCAGGGGCGACUGGUGGUGCGAGCUCCAGCUGAGUUUGUUCAGCCUCCCCAGUCUAUAGCAAGGCCAGUGGGCACAACUGCUAUCUUCACUUGCCUGGCCCAGGGUGAACCCCCACCCCAGUUGACCUGGCUCAAGAACGGCCAGAUCCUGGAGCCUGGAGGCCACGUCAAGCUCAGGAACAACAACAGUACGCUGACCAUCUACAGCAUCAGUCAGGAGGACGAGGCCAUAUACCAGUGCAUUGCAGAGAACAGCGCUGGCUCCUCUCAGGCUAGCGCGCGUCUCACUGUGCUGUGGGCCGAUGGGCUGCCAGGUGUGCCCACAGAUGUUCGGGCUGACGCCCUCUCUCCCACCUCCAUUCAGGUGUCAUGGAACGAACCAGCCCAGAACACACAGGACAUCAUCGGCUAUGUGCUGCACAUCCGCAAGACCGCAGAGCCAGUGGAAAUGGAGUACCAGGAGGCAGUGAGUAAGGUGACUCUGCAGCAGGUGGUGGGGGAUUUGGAGCCUUCCACAAGUUAUAGCUUCUAUGUGAAGGCCUACACCUCGCGUGGAGCCAGCAAAGCCUCAGCCAUGGCUCAGGAGAGCACACUGGGAGAGGUGCCGGCGCCCCCAACUCUCUACACUAAGGUGGUGAACUCCACUGUGGUGCAGGUGGUCUGGGAGCCCUCCACAAAGAUGGGCCAGCAUGAUGGAUUUAAGCUGUAUUACCGCAAAGCCCACGCCCCGCUUUUCACUGGACCUCUCACAUUCUCCCGCAACAUCACACAGUACAACAUCUCUCUGCUGGAUCCAGCAGUGGUGUAUGAAAUCAAGAUCCUGGCGUUCAAUCAGCAUGGAGACGGCAAUGCCACUCUGCGCUUUGUUUCUCUGAAAGAGCCAGUGGAGAAGUCAGUGCUGAAUACUCCUUGUGACUGUUUAAAAGAGGAGCAGAGUAAAACCUCUACUACUGGCAUCAUCAUCGGCAUCCACAUCGGAGUCACUUGCAUCAUCUUCUGUGUUCUCUUUCUCAUGUUCAGCUACCGCGGCAGGUUAAUGUUAUGUAAGACAGUGCAGGCCACUCCUCAGGUGGGACGGAACCCAGCGACAGCAGCAGCAAUUCUGGAGGCCUCUUCGUCUCAGCAGGGAGCGCUGGCCCUCAAUGGCCUGCACACCAGCACCGAGGCCAACGGGGCCCGGCAUGGAGCCAAGAGCCUGACCAACUCUAGUCAGAGGGAGAGGCUCGUCUCAGGUUCAGCUGAUGCUGCACAUACGAUGGAAAGCUUGCUGGUCUCUUGUUCUCUUAACGAGCCCCAGAUGUCCACUCUUCCCCUGGACGACUUCAGCCUGGUAGAGGAGCAUGAGUCACAUUACCACGGGCGACCCACAGGGGGCCUCCCGGAUGAAGGCUGAUGACAUGAAGGCUGUAGAGCUACAAGCCCUUAAAUUCCACUCAGACUACUCUCCCUCUCAGGUCAACUGAAGUAUUUCCUAUUUUUUGUCCUCUUUUUAUUGUGCAGAGUUUAUAUAUGUUAUAUUCCCCAUGUGGGAAUUGCUGGACACCAUAUCUGGGAGGGCCCAUAUGGCUUAAUGGUGGGCGUAAUCAUCUGAUUUCUUCAUUGCAAGGUGAUGAAACCGUGAGAUUUUUUUCGUUACCACUCUUCAGAAGAGCAGUAGGGCAAAGACACAUACGGUGUAUCCACUGGUUAAAAAAAAAAAGUCCACAUAUUUUUUUUUCAUUCCAAAAGUGUUUUUUCUUGUUUUGUUUUUUUUCCCUCACUUUUUAAAAUUUUAGUUUCAAAGAACAAAACGUCCUGCUGCGUGCUCUCAGCCUACCAGUGACUUCACAACCCCAUCCAGUGAAGACCACGGCCUUCUUCCAGGGAUUUAAAAUCUUACUCUGUCUCAGGAUGUUUUUUCCGUGAUAUCAAUAUAUAUAUUUUUCUUUAAUCAGUCGUCAGCCUUUGGGCUUUAGGCUCGGCUACGUAAGCCCUGGGAUUUGCAACAGAAACCUACCUCAGCCGGAAUGAAUGUGUUACGGGAAGCCUUUUUUUCGGAUCUGUGUCUUCUUGUCUGUUCAGUUUCGUUACAUGUCAAGCGUUUGGUCAGAAAAAGAGAAACAGGUGCUGCGCUACCUCAGAUGUCAAGAACCACCACUUUCGUGCUCAUUAAAAUGAAGCGAGAAAAAAAAUUCAACAUAUAGCACUUCCAAACGUUGAAGUCAAUGUUCUACCUCAAGAUAACAAUGCUGUUGUUGUUGUCGUUGUUGUCCUUUUUUUUCAUAAUGAAACAUGUAUCCUCUUUUUUUGGUGAGAUCCUGGCUUCCUAAUGUUGAUGAAUUGAUGUGUUUGGAUAUGUCAGUACCUCAUGCAAAUUGACAGAUGACAUCGUAUGAAUUCUGCUUGUAAAGACAUUUUCUUCCAUAGUGUCCACAGUGUAGGAUUUUGUUUUGUUGUUGUUGUAUUUUUUUUUUUUUCAAAUCAUAGUUCCUUUAGUUAAUGAAAAGACUGUUAGAGAUGCAUUGCACUGCUACUAAUGAUUUCAGGAUCAUUUUUCUGCCAUUCACCAUGCUAUUCAUGCUAUUUACGUGGAGGAGAAAGGAGGGCAAGAUACAUCAGCGUUGAACAUGCAUUGAGUUAUACUGUAUAUACAAACCGUGUGUUGGACAGUAAUUGUAUUGUGCGGCAGAGGCGGGAAUUCAUUCAGUAUUCAUGUAUAUAUGAUGUACUUAAGAGAUUUAAGCACAGAUUUAUCAUGGUGCCCACCUGGGUGUCGAUAUUAGGGGUGGUAAUAUAGGCCUGGUGGAAGAUAACUGGGUUCUAAAAUGGCAGGACAUCACUGUAAUACGAUUUUGAUGGUGGGGCGUCGUCAGUCAAUGCUGCCAUGUUAUACAGCAACAGAAAUAACAAAUCCAAUCAGCCUGGUCUGUUGGGACAAUUCAGACAGGAAAUACAGGGCCUGUCCAUCAAUCACCAAGCUGGCUCUUCCCCUAAACACCCUCCUAGAAAAGAGUAUAGUUACACACCCAUAUAUAUACCGGCGGCAGUGGCCACUCCAUCACAUAUAGUCACACACACAUACAAUAUGCUAUAACACACUCCCUGCACGUUAUGCAGUCAACAGUGUUUUAUUGAUGUAGAAAUGAUGUACACAUUUCCAUCAUGUAAAUUCAGUGCAUUAUUAUACGUAUUAUUAUACGUAUUAUAUGUUUUAUUAACAUCUUACAACAUUUUUACCUGGUUCAUAUUUGUGCCUGUACACGCUGGCAUAGAAUGUAGAUGCAAGCAGAACAGUAGUUGUGUCAUAGCACCUGAGCCUUAGUUUCCUUACUUUUCAGCUCAAAAAUUUUGUUAUAUUACCCCAUGACACACGUUUACACAUAUCACUAUCAUUCACCAGACUGACCAUAGUUUAAAUGGUCCAUAGAUUAAACUAAAAAAAUAAUUUUAUAUGUCUGGUUGCAAAGAAACAAGGCCUUUUUGGUAACAUCAGGCAAUUCCUCAGCAGUGUUUCCUUGCCUCUAUUAUUUGCAGCAUUUUAAGACGGAUUAGAUUUGCAUGGGAAGGUACUGUAAUUUACAGGGAUUACAGAUAUGAUUUUAAGCCGGCACAGUUGUGCGGAUUUCAAAAAUACACUUAGAAAUCUGGAUGAAAAUGUUAAAAUAAUAUACUAAAAAUGUAACCAAAAACAUUUUCCACACUUCGAUGAAGUGGAACAAUUGGUUCAUCAGGAAAGGAGAAGAAAGAAGAAAGAAAGAAAGGUGAUGAAGUUAUGACAUAGUGGGAACAAAAGGCACAUUUCCAUUCCAUCUGAUGACACCAAACAAGGCGACAGAAAAAUUAUUAAUGCUACAUCCUGGCUGAUGUUCACCUGGGGUUCAAUGGACGACAGUGAAGAGCGAAAACAACUUCAGCUCUGAUUAAAUAGGCUACAGCCCACACCACCUGGCAUCUGUAAACUCUUUAGUCAUGAACGGUUUACAGAAAGCUGUCAAAACUUCUCUACUGAGAGCUAAUAAAGGUUCAGAUCUCUCCGCACAUGGUGAACAUGCCGUACAGCCUUACAGCACAAGCAGGUGACAUUAUCUUCAGGAACUUGAACAUAACAGACAGUUGAAACUGCGUAAUUUGCAUCUUCCUUUAGGUAAUUCACUUAAAUUUGUCAAAUGUUUUUACACAUCUGACAGUAAUUAUAUGUAAAAUAAUAUAUAAUAAGACAAAUAUGGAAAGGACUUUCUGUAAUUGGCUGAACCUUGAGCAUGAAGAAACUGCCACAAUACAUGAUACAAAUCGAGAUAUUUAGCUUUCAUAACAUUUUGCAAGCUAGUUGGAAAGGACAGAAGUAUCAGUGCUUCAUAGGCCUUGUUUAACAAGGGUGUCAUUGAUGCAAAUCACCGCUCUUAUGAAGCACCAAAAGCUAUGUGGACAAUUUCCACCUGCAAAAUGUGAGUGAGACAGAUGCAAAAAUGUAACAAUUAAUAAAAAAUAAAUGAGCAAAUUUUGAUAAUGGCGUGGACUUAAAUCCAACCAUCUUCUUAUUACUAUACAGUGCAUGCCUUUACUAUACACUGAUGAUUGUUGUGUACAUGAUAUCAUUAUGAAACAACCAGUUGUUCAGUGUUUUAUAAGUAAUAAUAAAACCAGUGGCAUAAUUAAAAAAAAAACAUUGUCAUUAUAACAAUAGCAUUAUAUUGCCCAUCUUUACUGCUGAGUAAUUUAAAAAC